AUCCGUCGUCCUCGGCCUCGGGCCACAUGUCCCAGUUCCUGCCUUCCACCCAGAAGCGGCUGACCAACAUCGCGGUGGUGCGGUACAAGCGCGCCGGCAAAAAGUUCGAGGUAGCCUGCUACAAGAACACCAUCAUCGCGUGGCGCAACAAGGUGGAGACCGACAUCGACGAGGUGCUGCAGGCGCACACCAUCUAUGCCGACAUCGGGCGCGGCGUGCUGGCCAAGCGGGAGGACCUGAUCGAGGCGUUCGGCACCGACGACGAGGACGCGGUCUGCGUCGAGAUUCUGAACAAGGGCGAGUUCCAGGUGUCGGAGCAAGAGCGGCACGCGCAGCUGGACGCGCUGAUGAGAGACAUCGCGGCGCGCGUCGCAGACAUGGUUGUCAACCCCGACACUGGCCGGCCGUACCCGCAGCCAACCAUCGAGCGCGCGAUGCGAGAGACGAUUCACUUUGCACCGAGCGACCGCAAGUCGGCAAAGCAGCAGGCGCUGCUCGUCAUCAAGGCGCUGCAAGCUUCGGAGGCGAUGCCGAUCGAGCGGGCGCACAUGCGUCUGCGGCUGCUCCUCCCGCAAGCAGAACUCGGCGAGGCGAGGGAGAGGCUGCAGGCGCUCGCCCCCGCAGGCGACGCGUCUGGCCGGCUGCAGCUGGGCGAGGCGGAGGCGGCGGAGGAGCGGGAGGCGCGCGACCACGCCGCCACCGCAAGCGGCAGCGGAAGCGGCGGCGCCGAAGCGACGCCGCCGCCCGCGCUGUCCGCGCUGCCGUGUAGCGUCGACCCGUCGCUGUACCGGCCAAUCGCGGCGCUCGUUGGCGAGCUGGGAGGCGCGGUGCACGUGGUGGCACUCAAGGCGGCGGGCGAGGCGGAGGAGGCCGACUUUGGCCUCCGCGCGGCCCCAGGGCUCGACCCCCGCGAUGUCUCCCCCGCCGUGCCGCCGCGCGCCGCCGCCGCCGCCGCCGCUGCCGCGCCCCCCACCGCCGGCGGUAGCGGUGGCGGCAGGGGCGGGGGCGGCGGAGCCGCGCCGAGGGGAGCGGUGGGCAAGGGCGCGGGCAAGGGCAAAGGGAGUGGGACGACCGCUGCCGCCGGCCGCGGCGGCGGCGACGCGGCGCAAGACGCGCGGCGCGCUGAGCGUAUGUUCCGCCUCAACUUGCGCUCCGCCGAGGCCGGGGACCCGGUGGCGCAGCUCGAGGUUGGAAAGGCGUACUUGCACGGCGCCGGUGCCGCGGCGGACCCGGAGCAGGCGCGCCGCUGGCUCGAGCAGGCGGCGCUGCAGGGGGUCCACGCGGCCAAGGCGCAUUUGGAGCAGAUCUCAUCACCCUGACCCAGGAGCGCCGAC